CAACAACUAGCCAAAUGGGAUUAGAGUACAGGAAUAUGAAGUUCCCUCCUAGUUGGGUUUAAAGUUAGGGUUUUGGCCGGUAUCCUUUCCCUCUCCCCGGCACACACACCAACUGAGAAGGAAAGGCAGCAUCGAGCUACACAAAGCUGCGAACUUUCAACAGCUAAGUCAUUCUCUUUCUUUCUCUUCAUUCGAUUUAGUUUCAGUUUUUCAUUUCAAAAAUGUCAGCAAAAUGGCGAGCUUUACAGCAUCGCCAUCGUUUUACCUACAGUGCUGUGAAUUUCCCACAAUCUUACAUGAAUUCAAUUACCCAAUUGCAAUCUAAUGAAUUGUGUCAAAAAUUUUGCACUGAAUUAACCCAUCUUGGUUCCCUUAAUUCCAUUUAUUCUCAAGUUAAUCAUGUUAAGAAUGUUGCUGUUUCAUUCAAUGAUUUGUUGUUAAGAGCUGUUGAUGAGAACUUAGUUUCGAUUGCGGCGAAAUUGUACUUGGAACUUUUAUUUCUUGAGAAUUCAUUGUCUUUGCAUAGGACUGUGUUGUCUGUUCUUUCGAAAAAUAAGAAGUUCUGGGGUUUGAUUGGUGGGUGUUUUAGAGAGCUUUGUGAGGAGUAUGGUGUGUUGUGUGGGAAAGGGAAGCGGUUUUGUGUGUCGAGGGUGGCGUUGUCGAUGAUGAGUACCCCAAAGUUGGGGUACUUAGUGAAUGUUGUGGAGGAGUGUUGUGUGCUAGUGGCUUUAGAUAGUGUUACUGGAUUGAAUUAUGUGGUUGCUGAGACAAAUGGGUCGGCACGACCUUCGCCUCUUGUGAUGGAGCAAUGCCAGGAGGCUUUGUCUUGUAUGUAUUAUUUGCUUCAGCGGUUUCCUUCAAGAAUCGUUGAUUCCGGUAGCUCUCAAUCUGGAAUGGUCCCUAAUGGUUCUAGUCUUUCAGAAAUGAUUGUUGCAGUCAUUGUAGAAAUACUCAAAUCAUCUGCUUUCUCGAGGGACUGUUAUGUGGCAGCUGGUGUGAGUUUAUGUGCUGCAUUUCAGGUGUUGCUUAAUCCUCAGGAGCUUGGAUAUCUCAUUAUGGAAGGUGUUUUUGAAAGGAAAAUAUGUAGUUUGAUAGAUCAUUCAGAUACGGAGUUUAAGAAUGCUUUAAGUAAAAUUCCGUAUAAUGGAGAUUUGUGUUUUGAACUCCGAAAAUUUUCCCCAUUAAGUAGACUUUGCUUCAUACGAGGGGUCCUUACUGCAGUUUCAAGAAUAGUGCUCAAUUUUUGUUUUGUUGUAAAAACAGAGGGAAUUGAAAUUGACGGUGCUGAUGAAAAUGGUAAUAGAUGUAUACAGAGUAUAUUGUAUGACUGUAUAUUGCCUGAGCUUUGCAAGUACUGUGAGAACCCUAAUGAUAGCCAUUUUAACUUUCAUGCUUUGACCGUGAUGCAGAUCUGUUUGCAACAGAUCAAAACAUCUAUUAUGUCUGAUCUUGUUGAUCUUGAAACUGAGUUUGAACCGAUCCCAAAGGAUUUAGGAGCUCGUGUACUCAGAAUUAUAUGGAAUAAUCUAGAAGACCCCUUAAGCCAAACUGUGAAACAAGUUCAUCUUAUUUUUGAUCUCUUCUUAGACAUCAAAGCCACUAGCUACAAGGGUGAUAGUCAUGCAAAUUUUAAUACAUUCUUAGGGAAGAUUGCAGCUGAUCUUCUUUGUCUUGGUGCUCGGUGUAAAGGUAGGUAUGCUCCUCUAGCUUCUCUCACUAAGAGGUUGGGAGCCACAACUCUCCUUGGCAUGAGCUCUAAUUUGCUAUUUGAAGUGGUACAGGCAUACAUAGACGACGAUGUGUGCUCUGCAGCCACAUCUUUCUUGAAGUGUUUCCUUGAGUGUUUGCGUGAUGAGUGUUGGGGUAGCAAUGGUGUUGGAAAAGGGUAUGAGAUAUAUCGAGGUCAUUGUUUGCCUCCAUUUCUUUAUGGACUUGCUUCCGGAGUCUCUAAGUUGCGCUCAAAUUUGAACACGUAUGCUUUGCCAAGUUUACUGGAAGUGGAUGUUGAUAGUAUAUUUUUUAUGCUCUCCUUCCUCUCAAUUGGUGUUGGAGUUGAUACUGGCUUGGUAUUUGCAGAACUGAGCUGUUUGGGCAUUUCAUUUGGUAUUGAGCAGAAAGUGGCUGUUUUGGUCUCUUUGCUUAAAGUAUCUCGUUCACUUGCACUGUUUGAUGGGGAUAUUGAGUCUAGUCAUAAUCUUGCAUCUGCUGCUGAAGAGUGCAAGCUUGAAGAAGAACAUGCUUUAAUCUAUUUGAAGGGAAUUCCUGUUAACAUUCCAGCUGAGUGGCUUGCGUUGGCAUUGACUCAUGUGGAUGAGUCACUUCGUGUAGAUGUGGCUGAGACACUUUUCUUGAGCCCUAAGACGGCCAGUCUACCUUCAUCCUUAGAACUCAAUCUGAUGAGAGUAGCAGUGCCUUUGAACAUGAGAUGUUGCUCAACAGCUUUCCAGAUGAAGUGGGCCAGUAUAUUUAAGAAGUUCUUUUCUAGGGUUCGUACAACAUUAGAGCGACAAAUAAAACAGGGGACAUGGCAACCAUCUGACUGGGAGAAAAAUGAUGUAUCCUCCCCGUAUAAGAGUGGUGAUGCAAUCAUUGUUAGCCGAGCAGAUAACCUAUAUAACUUUAUGAAAUGGUUGAGUUGCUUUCUGUAUUUCUCAUGUUAUCCUUCUGCUCCUUAUGAGAGAAAAAUCAUGGCAAUGGAGCUAAUUAUGAUAAUGGUAAAUGUUUGGUCCAUAGUACCUCCGCUGGAAGGAAACUCUGAUGUUCUAUCUAUUGAAAAUCUAUAUAUUUUUAGUGAAGGACUUACCAGACCCGAUUCAACAAUGUUAUUAGUUGGCUCAAUAAUUGAUAGUUGGGAUAGACUGAGAGAGAGUUCUUUCCGCAUACUUUUAAGUUUCCCCACACCUCUCCCUGGAAUCUCAAGUGAAAACAAGGUGCAAGAAGUUAUAUUAUGGGCAAAAAAGUUGGUUUGCAGUCCACGAGUCAGAGAAAGUGAUGCUGGGGCUUUGGCUUUAAGGCUUAUAUUCCGUAAGUAUGUUCUGGAUCUUGGUUGGAUUAUUGGAGCUUCAGGAAAUGUUACUUGCCACAAAUUAGAGGCUGAAUCCCGAAAUGAGGAACAUCAAAGUUCGGAAUCCAAACUCCCACUUAUUCUAUAUAUUAAUUCACUUAUAGAUUGGUUGCAAGCUGCUGCAGAGGAAGGAGAGAAGGAUCUAUUUGAAGCCUGCAAGAAUAGCUUUGCUCAUGGUGUCUUACUUGCUUUGAGAUAUGCCUUUGAGGAAUUAGAUUGGACCUCUGAUGUAGCCAUGUCGGGCAUUCCUGAGAUGAGAGGUGCAUUGGGGAAACUCCUGGAGUUGGUGAUGCGAAUAACAACACUGGCACUUGGGGUGGUUUCUGCUGAUGCUUGGCAUCUGCCUCAAGAUAUGGAUGACAUUGAGGAGGAUCUUUUGGAAUGUCUAGAUGAGAUAGUUACACCAUCAUCUGUAGUGGAAUGUGAAGCAAAAGAUUUGAAGGAAAAAGAAGAUGUUAGACCAGCAGAGCAGAUUGUUAUGGUUGGUUGUUGGCUGGCUAUGAAAGAGGUCAGUCUUCUUCUUGGAACCAUUAUUAGAAAGAUCCCGUUGCCAGUUGCUACAUCCAUUGGUGAAGGAUCUGCUGAUGCUGCAAUGGAUCAUUUGUUGCCCACUUCUGAUGCAGUUCUUGAUGUGAGCCAACUAGAGGUUAUCGGGAACCACUUUUUGGAAGUGCUCCUUAAAAUGAAACAUAACGGUGCUAUCGAUAAAACAAGAGCCGGAUUUACUGCACUCUGCAAUCGUUUGCUCUGUUCUGAUGAUCCAAGGCUUUGUCAGCUGACAGAAUCUUGGAUGGAACAGCUUAUGGAAAGAACUGUGGCUAAGGGACAAACAGUAGAUGACUUGCUCAGAAGAAGUGCAGGUAUACCUGCUGCAUUCAGUGCGUUCUUUCUCUCAGAGCCACAAGGUUCACCUAAAAAGCUGCUCCCAUGGGCACUCCGCUGGUUGAUAGAACUGGCUGGUGGGUCAUUGCUUGAUCAAGCUGAACCAAACAUAGUUGAUAAAUUGCAAAACAAAUCAAUUGGUGUAUCAGAUGGAGAAAAUGGCUUUAUGCAGAGAAAUGAUAUCAAUGAAAACUUAACAUCUGCAAAGAUUCGUGUUAAAGGUGUUAUUCCAACUGUGCAUGCUUUUAAUGUUCUCAAAGCAGCUUUCAAUGAUGCCAAUUUAGCAACUGAUACAUCAGGCUUCGCUGCGGAAGCUAUGAUAAUCUCCAUACGUUCUUUCUCUUCUCCACAUUGGGAAAUUCGUAAUAGUGCAUGCCUUGCAUACACAGCCUUGGUCCGCCGAAUGGUUGGGUUUCUUAAUGUACAUAAACGAGAUUCAGCAAGGCGUGCUCUUACUAGUCUGGAAUUUUUUCACAGGUAUCCAUUAUUGCAUUCAUUUGUAUCUAACGAACUGAAAGUCGCCACUGAGUUUUUACUAGGUGGACAAUCAAAUUCUAACCUGGCUAGCAUUGUUCACCCUAGUUUAUGCCCUGUGUUGAUCCUGUUAUCAAGGCUUAAGCCUUCACCCAUUGCAAGUGAAGCAGGAGAUUGCUUGGAUCCUUUCCUAUUCAUGCCAUAUAUACAAAGGUGCUCAACUCAAAAAAAUAUGCGUAUUCGCGUGCUUGCGUCGAGAGCACUGACAGGUCUGGUUUCUAAUGAGAAAUUGCAUUUGGUCUUGCUUGAUAUUGCCUCUGGGUUGCCAAAUUCUGUUAAUCAAACAGAAACAACACAUAAUCACUGUGCACGCUCUUCUGUUCAGUUUAACGCCAUCCAUGGGAUACUCUUACAGCUAAGUGCUCUUUUAGAUGCCAAUUGUAGAAACCUUGCUGACUUUUCGAUGAAAGAUAUGAUUCUCUAUGACUUAAUCAAGACACUUGAUAAGUGUUCAUGGAUUGGAAAUCCCACAUUAUGUUCAUGUCCUAUUCUCAAUGCGUCUUUCCUGAAGGUACUUGAUCACAUGCUCAGUAUUGCUGGAACACGCCAGGCAAGCAAAAAUUAUGAUGUCAUUUGCAACUUACUGUCAAAAUUAUCUUCAGAGUGCUUGGUUGUAGACUCUGAAUCAUCAUUUCACGAUCCAACUGCUGCGGAACUUCGCAAACAAGCUGCGAUUUCUUAUUUUCACUCUAUUUAUCUAUAUGAAGAUCAUGCUGUGGAAGGAAUCUCAAUGCCAAAGAAGUCUUCUCCUGCUAUCAUGCUGAAAGCAAAUUCUUCAGUUGAUAAUGGUUCUGGUGGUGUUGAGGGAAGACUAACCUGUUACAUGUCAGAUGCUUCAUAUGAAGUGCGUCUUGCAACAUUAAAGUGGCUUAUCCAGUUUGUUAAGACUACUGCGAUAGAGUUAGGUGAUGUUGAAAAUGGCAGUUACGUUGCAGCAAUUGCACAUUGGGCAAAGGGUAAUUUACAAACAACUUUGAUUAGACUCUUGUCAUCGGAAACUAAUCAUAAGUGUCGCUAUUAUAUUCUUAGGAUUAUCUUUGCUUGGAACCUGUUGCAUUUUCAAAAAUCGAGUGGUAAAUGUUCUGGAGACAAUGUCUAUAUUGGAGAGAUGGAUUUUGAUUCAGUUGUGCUGUUUUGGAAUAAAUUGGUUUCUAUACAUGAUUCUGUGAGACAUACAAAAACUCUAGAAGCGCUCAUAUGCUGCUUUGGAUUAUGCAUAAAGCGCUUUUCUAGUUUUCUUUGCAGCAUUCUUCCCAAUGUUAGCAAUGGGAAACCAGAAGAGGUGAACAGAUGCGCCCUUAUAUGUGGAUGGAUCAAACAUUUUGUUUGCCUUAUCAAGCUAUAUAGUGAUGCAUCUCAGCAAGUGAAUUUGCGCAAGGCUGCUGCAGAAUCAGUAGUGGCAUCUGGGUUGUUGGAACAGGCUGAAUAUAUCAGUUCAUUUGUCACCAAUGGUGGCAUUCCUUCUGAAAACUGCGAACAGCAGUUUGAGCCACCGAAUUCUGCUAACAUGUUGGGUUAUCUGAUAUUAGAUAUCUGGUUCACAUGCAUUAAGUUACUGGAAGAUGAGGAUGUUUUCAUCAGAAAGGAGCUUGCGUUGGAGGUACAAAAAUGUUUCCCUCCAAAGUUUAGGGGCCAAACUCUUGCAGUUGUGGUUCCUGCUCAGGUGGAAAGAGUGCUUGAACUUUGCUUUGAGUUCCUUUCGUUGAACUUUGGCCAUUGGGACAGGUACUUUGAUUAUCUUCUGAGGUGGAUAUCAGAUUCUGCGAGCUACGUCGUGCCCAAGGGUGAUCUUGUCCGACGGGUUUUUGACAAGGAAAUUGAUAACUAUCAUGAAGAGAAAUUGCUUAUUUGUCAAAUUAGCUGUUCUAAUUUGGAAAAUCUCAAGCUUUCAACAACUGAAGGACCCAAGCUACUUACUUAUUUGAGGAAAUGGAGGGGUCACUUCUUCCGUCAGUUGUCGGUUGCUUGCGAGCAUAUAAGGAAGCUUGAAGGAGAUGAUUGGAUCGGUGGUGUGGGGAACCACAGGGAUGCGUUUCUACCUUUAUAUGGAAAUCUUCUUGGCUUCUAUGUCCUUUCGAAGUGCAUUUUACAAGCAGGAACUGAAGACAGCAUGUAUCUUCUCUCGGAUGUUGUUGAACUAGAGAAGUCCAUCAGACCAUUCCUCACUAAUCCUUUGAUCUGCAACUUGUACAUCGUAGUUGUUAGACUACAUGAGGAAAUGGUUGGAGCUUCGGCUAACCAUUUGAUCCCAGACUUGCUGAAAGAUAUUCAGAUUUGGGAUAGUUUCAAUCCUUAUUUUCUACUCAGGUGACAGCUUUAUUUGCUGAAUAGUAUACAUACUCUAUUAUUUUCUCAUUGUUUCCCAGAUGAAGUAGUCAUUUCCUGAUCAUACGGCGAUGUACAAUGUAGUCAAGUUUUGAAAUUUUGAAUAUAAAGCUACGCCCUCAUUGUUUUAAUCCGAGGCUGCAAAUUUGCUUAAUUUUGGUGCAAAGACUGCUGUAAAUGCGUAGCCCUUUUGCUCGGGUUACUGAGUUUCAGGCUAUAGAGGAUUUAUCCCAAUAA